UCAAAUAGGUUAGCCAUACCUAACAUAAACAAUACCAGCUAAAAUGAAUCAUAGGCACAUAAACGUAUAAUUUUUUCGAGUUAAAUAGGUAAUAUUCAUCGGAAUACCCCAAACAGGUUUGAAUUCAACCGCAUAGUCCAGGUAUACACGUCUUCUACGAAUAGUAAACACUGAUACCCAACGUUAUAGCCAGACACAUGUAGACUGGUGAUUUUCCGAUGAUACACAUGAAACCGGACUAUGUAUCGAGCACGUGUAUCAAGUCACUAUUCGUAAGUUCACUCAAUGAAUAAGUCAACGUUCCUAGUUCCUAGAUGAAAAAUCAGUAAUCAGUAUGCAUAACAUCGAUCACAACCCUUCCUCAAUGAAUAAUAUAGAGGAGCACGAAUACGGUGUCCAGAUUCAGAAUGGAACGAAGCAAGCUUCAUUUCGACAGAACUUUGAAAAGUAUUAUGACAGACUGAGCUGUUGGAUGAUUUUAUCGAUGUUCUUUUGCAGUCCAUUUGUUUUCUUGUUUAUGUGCAUUACAUCGCCACUGUGGAUAUUUGCCUUAAUUUAUUUAUGGUGGAUGUAUUACGAUCGUGAAACUCCACAUGAGGGAGGAAGAAGGCAGAUGUGGUUAAGAAAAUCACGAUUUUGGCGAUGUAGCAGAGAUUACUUUCCCAUUAAACUAGUCAAAACAGCCGAGUUACCACCAGAUACGACUUAUUUAUUCGCUUCAUUUCCGCACGGUUUUCUUUCAAUCGGUGCUCUGAUCAAUUUUUUAACCGAUGUCAAUAAUUUCGACGAAGCUUUUCCAGGCUUAAAUGUGUACCUGUGUUCAUUGAGUACAUAUUUCAAGGUCCCCUUUAUCAGAGAUCUGCUUUUAUUUCUAUGUGUUUGCGUAUGUUCGCCCAGAGGUAUUUUACACGAGUUGAAUGGGCCUGCUGGUAACGUGGGUGUGGUGGUUGUCGGAGGUAUGGCAGAAAUGAUUGUAUCUCGUCCGAGUACUAAUCGACUAAUUCUGAAGAAUCGAAAAGGAUUCGUGAAAUUGGCCUUAAAAGCUGGAUCAUCUUUAGUACCAGUUUAUACUUUCGGUGAACCCAAUACCUACGAUCAACCUUUCAAUGGUAAAUGGUACAAAUGGUUGCAAAAAAUUCGUUCACCUCAGAGCGCUGGAUUUGCUUUAUUCAGCGGUCCUUGUGAACCAGGUUACUUGUUUGGACUUUUACCAUACCAAACACCUCUCACUACUGUUGUGGGAAAACCAAUCAAGCUACCAAAAGUGGAAAAUCCAACGAACGGGAUGGUGGAUGAAUAUCACACAAAAUUCGUGCAAGAGUUGACCAAGUUAUUUGAAAAAUAUAAGAUCAAAUAUGAUCCUCAAGGAGAAAACGCCAUUCUGAGUAUCGAAUAGGAAGAUUUAUAACGUAAUCAAAAGUUGGAGUACUUGAAAUUUUCAAAAAUACAGUACCUACUCGAACAA